CGAUGGGCUGCGGCGGGAGCCGCGCGGAUGCCAUCGAGCCGCGCUACUACGAGAGCUGGACGCGGGAGACCGAGUCCACUUGGCUGACCAACACGGACGCCGAGCCCCAGCAGCAGGCCCAGCAGCAGCAGCUUCCCAACGGCGGUCCGGAGAGCGGCAUCGCUGACGCCGGCCUGAGGGAGACGGGAAUUCUGGAGGAUGGCAAAUACACUCAGACCUGUAUCACAAAGUCUUCAGCAGCAAGUGGUAUAGCUACCGCUGAAAAGAGAACUCACUGUGGUACGCAAUGCACAAAGCCUGUAAGUCACACCACUGGGACUUCAGCACCAAAGCAGCAGAAUGGCUUUAGAACAGCAGAGCCCAAAUGGGACAGCAAGAAAAAGGCUACAAAAGAAACCCCAAUUAAUGCUGCCAAAAAUAACAGACAAAUGAAUAGCAACAGAAGAGUGACAAAGAACUGUGUCAAUUAAGAGAGCCAAGAGAGGAUGAAUGAACUUGCAAUAUAUUGCUGCACUUUAACUGAUC